UAAGGAUAAGAAUUUGGCGGGAACAAUAACCUGAUUUUGUACACCGAUCACUACCAAUCUUCAUCCCUACGCGCCAAUCCCAAUCAAUCGAUGCUUCAAUGGAGAGAUACCUCCUUCCCGUGGAUGCUCCUCAAAACCCUAAACCAUCUCGGAGACCUCGGUGGGGGAGAAGCGUACUUGAAUUGGAUGGUAGGAUCUCCUCCAGAUACCGCCAUGAAACCUCUCAGUUAAUCCUUGAUUCCUACGCUGAGGUUGGGACUUUUGGGCAUCACUACAGCAUUGGGUUUGAUAUGUGUCCAACACAUAUGACGCUUUUGGCUAAUGCUGUUAAUCAGGAUGAACCUAUCUCUUCUUUGAGGGCGGGCAUCUCCGGGUUGGAAUUUGACAGCAAGGGAAUUUAUCUGGCAUCAGUAACAAAGUCAGGAUGCUUAACAGUUCAUGAUUUUGAAAGCCUUUAUUGCACAACAUAUGGUCCAUCAUCAAGUUCAUUGGAGGAUGAAAAAAAGCAAUUGCUGCACCACUCUACUUCACAACCACUAGGUGUUGUUCGGUGGAAUCCAACAAAUCAAGAUGAGGUUGCUUGUGCAUCUAGACAAGGCAACAAGGUUCCUAUUUUUGAUAUUGGCUAUGUAUCAUCUGAACCCAUUGAAGUGUUAGAGAAAGGGAAGCCGAAGAAUUCUCGACAAGAUUGUGAACGCCACAUUGGAUUGUCUGACAUUAUUUUUCCUUCAGUCGACAAGUCAAGGUUUUUUUCAUCUGGUCUAGAUGGUGUUGUCUAUGGAUGGGAUAGACGGAUUAGUCCUCUUCCUUAUCUUGAGCUCACAAAUAAUUCACAAACUCAGCUAACCAGUCUUCAGUUAGACAUUGAAGAUCGAGUGGUAUUUGCAGCUGGACAAAAUGGGAUUAUCUAUGCUUGGGACCUGCGUGGAGGCAGGACUUCUCUUGCUUUUCAGAGUCAUAACGAGGUAUAUUACCCACUUCUGGCAUCGUUUAAGUUAUCAGCAAUGUUGGAAAGAAUUGCGCCAUUGAAGGCCCAAUUGAACAUAAUAUCUAGGGGUAUUCAUUCAAUCAACUUUGAUCCAUCUUGCCGUCACCAGCUAGCAUUUCAUCUCUAUGAUGGCUGGUCUGGAGUCUUGAAUCUCAACAGCUCCAGUGUAACACACGUACACUGCCCUCCUUCUUGGUUAGAUGAUCAGGAAUUAUCAUCUGCUCCCUCAGAUUUGAGAAAGCCAUGUUGGUUGCCAACUUCUUCUAUCUACACUGUUGGUUCCUCCUCCAGUAAUGGCCUAUAUCUGCUGGAUUUCUUUCCAGAUGCAAGUUCCGCAUGCCAUGUAGAUUUCAAUGAGGAAGUACUGGACAAUGCGGAUGAAAAUAAACGAACCGUGCGUAAUAGAUUUCUUCCGCUAUCACAAAGUGUACUAGUUUGUGCUGCACAUCCACUCAAUGGCACCAUCAUUGCUGGGACUAAGGACUCCUCUCUGCUGCUUGUUUCUCAAAAACAUGAAAAUGUCUAAUCACUCAAAUUCCAUCUUGUUGAUGCCUAUAUUUUGAAGCUUCCUGAAGUGUUGAGAAGUGAUUAAGAUAGCAGGUGGAAUCAAAUAGUGUUAAUUUUAAAGGUUUUGAAGGUGAUGGCAGAGAAAGAAAAUCAAUGGCUAUUGAGGCUCUGCAAUUGAGUGUUGAGCCUAACAAGCAAACGUGGAGCAAGAAGCCGUUGUGAAGUACUAUUUACAUAUUUGUAUGGAGUGCAAAACUAUGGGAUAGAUUAGAAUUUUUAUGUGCUUUGGAUUGGUCCAUUGGGUUGGGUUAAUCUUAGAGAUUCAUGAUCGUAUGGGUAUGAUAUGUUGGAUGUGCAUGUAUAUGAUAUAUUCCAUAAAUAUGUUUGGUGUCAAGUGAGACUUAAUUAAUCAAAUGCAAACAAAUUUUCCCAAAAGACAAAAUUAAGUUGAAGGACAUGGAUGCUUUGGCUCUCCACUAAGCUUAACGAAGUCUAACAUAAAUAUGACUCCUUUUUAACCCUAUGCCCUGACUCUUUUUUCUCCUGAGAUUAAUUUCUUAAUCCUCUCCCUUUCCAACACUAGCCGAUAUAAUAGAAAGGAAAAGAUGGUUGUUUUUAAAUUCCAACGUGCAAUCUAGAGGCGUGGGACUUUUGUUAGACGCUAGGAGAUCAAGAAUGAUC